UGGCAGCAGAAGAGGAGGUGAGCACUUCACUGAACGCUCAGGCUUGUAGGAAACCGGCACGAGCUCCUUCACAAGAAGAGGCGCGCGUUUCUCCCUCAGCAGAUUUAUUUGCUUUAACGGAUUGAGUCAGCUGGAGAAUUUUUCCGCUAUGUCAUCCAUACUGGGAACUGUUGCCAAACAGUUGAAGAGCCACCCAGCUCUCAUCCCCCUCUUCAUUUUCAUCGGUGGCGGGGCAACCAUGAGCAUGAUGUACCUGGGUCGGCUGGCCCUGAGGAACCCUGAUGUCUCAUGGGAUCACAAGAACAACCCUGAGCCAUGGAACAACCUGCAGCCUGACCAUCAGUACAAAAUGUUCACAGUCAACAUGGACUACUCCAAGCUGAAGAAGGACAGGCCUGAUUUCUAAGUCAUUGUAUCUUCAACCUCUCUCUCUGAUGUUGUUGUCAGAGUGGGGAGCCUUUGCACUUUGCUGCCAAAUACAAAUCAAGCUCAUGCCACUGAAUGUUGAAUUACACACUGUGUGUUGCACUCAUUCAGUCACUUUAUUUCCAGUGUGAAGGGAAAAGGGAUCAUUCACUUAUCUAUGACUGUAAAAAUAAAACAGGCAACCACCUGUUUUAAUAACUGAUGAAUUUAUUUUUGUCUUAUUAUAAAUUAUUAAAGCCAUAUAAAUCACA